UUGAAUUCAAAUUUUGGCUCCAUUUUCCCUUAACUUCUUCCAAGAAACCUUAGUGGUCUUAAACAGACAACCUUGUCAAAUCCCACUUUCUAAAAUCCCUACAAUUUUUAAACCAAACGGUGGAUUCAUCCCCUUUUGCUUUACUUUUCCCCUGCCACUGUUCAUAAAUCCCAUUCCUUUCUGUUUUGUGACGAAAGAUUGACAGACGAUAAACAGUAAAUAUGGUUGUUUCUCAAAUUCAGGCCUCGAGACAAAGCCCCAGUUCUUCUUCCGCAGCAAAGCUCAAUCAGAGAAAGAUCCUGGAAAUCAAGAAGAAACCAACAGAUUUUAAACACGAGAAGAAGAACGUGAAAAUGGGAAAUACAAACUGGGAUAUGAUACGUUACGAGGCAAAGGUGAACACAACCACUGAUAGGCAUAGUUGUAAAGUCGAGGCCUCUGCCCACGAGCGAGCACAAGAAGUUCGGGCAAAUCUGCCAGCAAACUUCCCGAGUUUUGUUAAGCAUAUGCUCAAAUCACAUGUUACUGGUGGAUUUUGGUUGGGCUUGCCGAAGCCAUUUUGUGAUGCACAUUUGCCAAAGCAUGAUGAAACAGUCAUUUUGGUGGAUGAAAAUGGAGAUGAAUAUAGUACAAAGUACUUGUUCGUAAAAAAUGGACUAAGUGCCGGGUGGAGAGGCUUUUCCCUUGCUCACAAAUUGCUAGAGGGAGAUGUCUUGGUUUUCCAAUUGAUCUAUCUUUGCAAGUUUAAGGUAUACAUUGUGAGAGCAAGUAGAUUAACAGAGAUCGAUGGGGCUAUUUGUCUUCUAAACUUAGAUUUGCAUGUAAACCCGACUGAUACAAUGAAAGUCGAAGAAAGAGAGAUGAUUAGUGAAACAGCAGGGUUGAUUGAUUUGGUGGCUUCUGCCAUGGAAAUUCAUGAAGAGAAAAGAACGACGUUAUUAAUAUCUGACAAUGAGCCUGUAGCAGAUCGAUCUGGGAAUGAAAGUGAUGAAUUUGAAUUUGGUUCCGUAGUUAUGGAUGGCAUCAGAUUAUCAGAAUCUUCUGUCGACUUUAAAGACGUGAAAGGUUUCGAAGAUUUCAAUAUUCAUGUGAAUGGCUUAAUAUUAGACUCGGAGAUUCCACAGCAUCUUCGGACAAAAUAUCAUGAGCUAUGCUGCAGCCAAAAAAUGUUCCUUCACGAUCAUCUUAUCGAAGGCCUUAACAGUAAAUUAGUUGCCGGAAUGAUUUCCGAAACCAUUAACAUUGCCGAUGCUAUAAGAGCUGCCAAGAUCACCCAAUCUCUUCGUCAUUUGGAAAGUUGGGACAAAACUCUAAAAGCUUUCGAAGAUUUAGGUAUGGAGGUUGGAUUUCUACGUGCACGACUACUUAAGCUAGUAAGCCUUUCCCGUCAAUCCAUAGCGAUUAUUGAAUCGAAGAAACACGAAAGGGCUAAAGCUGAAGAGGAUAUUAGAGAUCUUGAAGUAAAACUUUUGCAGGCGAAACGAUUGAUGAGACAUAUAGAUAAUGAGAUCGAGGCCCUGAAAAAGGAUGACGAGAAGCUUGCCAUAACGUUCGAGGAGUUUGCGGCUACUCCAUGGUGAAAGUGUUCAAUUUAAUUGUCCAUGGCGUCUUUUUUGGUCCAACUGUAGCGUGUCACACACUUUUGAUAAUUGGGAUAAGAAGUUUACCAUAUGAAAAUAUUUGCAAAAUGUUAUGGUAUAAUCCAUCCCAAACUUUCAAUUAUGUAGCAAAAUAUGUUAUUUCCUCUUUAGUCAUUAAAUGAUGGAUUUGCACUUCUUUUUAA